AUGGCAAUAAGAGCUUACAUUACUACAUUGGCUUCAUCCAUUCAAGCUGCUGAAAACAGUCGAGAAAAAGUCAAAGGUUCAAGAUUCAGAAGCACAACAAGGAUUACAGACAGUAAUGGACUAGGAGAAGGAAGAAGAGCAAUCCUGCUUGCAACUUUGGCUGCUGUUAAUGACUCAAAGACUGAACUUCUUCAAAAGUACUUGAAGAAAUCAGAGGAAAACAAAACCAAGAAUGAUAAGGAGAGACUAGACAGCUAUUACAAGCGCAAUUACAAGGACUACUUUGCUUUUGAAGAAGGCACAUUGAGACAGAAGAAAGAACUUACUGAAACAGAAAAGGGUAUUCUUGAUUGGCUUGAUGCUAACAAAUAAAAUGUACUCUCUUCCAAUUGAUGUAAAAGAUGUUAGUCUAGUUUUUCAAGAAUUCCUUGUAUUUGAUCAAAAACUAUAUUUGCAACAAUCUCAGGGGAGAAUUUGUUGAUCA